AUGACAUGCAGAACAUGUGGAAAAUGGUUUACUUCAAAGCAGACUUUGGUGAAGCACAGAAUGUGGCACCAUAAAUCAGAAUAUCCACCAUUUAAAUUCAACUGCAACAAAUGCCCUUAUGCUUCUAAUGCUAAAUCUAGUCUUGUGACUCAUGAACUUGUUCAUUCUGAAGAUCGUGCUUUCAAAUGCGAGUUCUGUGGAAACAGAUUUAAAGCUCUUAGAAAUUAUUGUAAAACAUGUGACAAAUGGUUUCCAUCUCAUGCCCUUCUUUCUAAACACAAGUUGUGGCAUCACAAAUCAGAAUGUCCUCGUUACAGAUACAAUUGCCGAAUGUGUCCAUAUGCUUCAAAUGUGAGUUCAAAUUUGCAAGCUCACGAACAAGUUCAUUUGCCCGGUCGUCCUUAUGAAUGUACUUACUGUGGGAACCGAUUUAGAGCUUUGAGAUAUGUUUGCUCUGUUUGUUCUAAAUGGUAUUCAACUCUCAAUGCUCAUAAAAUAUUUCAUCAUAAAUCAGAAUUUCCGCCUUUUAAAUUUUGCUAUACCAAAUGUCCUUAUGCUACCAACAAAUGUAGUAGAUAUGUUUGCUCUGUUUGUUCUAAAUGGUUUUCAACUCAUUCAACUCUCAAUACUCAUAAAAUAUGGCAUCAUAAAUCAGAAUUUCCACCUUUUAAAUUUUGCUGUACCAAAUGUCCUUAUGCUACCAACAAAUGUAGUAAUGUCAUUUGUGGUACUUGUGGAAAAUGGUUUACUACAAAUUGUACUUUGCUGAAACAUAGAUUGUGGCAUCAUAAAUCAGAAUUACAGCCUUUCAGAUUCAACUGUGACAAAUGUCCUUAUGCUUCUAAUGUUAAAUCUAGCAUGACUACUCAUGCUCAAGUUCAUUCUGCAAAUCGUGCUUUCAGAUGUCAGUUUUGUAAAAAUGGCUUUACAACUCUUAGAAGCUUGAGUAAUCAUGUAGUAAUUCAUACUGGUGAAAAACCUGUUAUUACGUGGCUUCAAGAACAAGCUGUGGAUGUUAGGAAAGAAUCAGUGGUUGCAAAAGUUCUUUAA